UGCCUACUAAUUAUCACUUGUUCUCGAGAUAUGAUGUUUGGGGAAGAACUAGACCUUGCGAUGAUGGAUCAACUUUUACAACUCGAUGAACCUGUCGUUUCCCCGAAAGCCACUAAUACUGGUAGGAGAAAAAGAUCCAAGUCUAAGGUGUGGGAAGAAGAAGCAACUCGGUGGAAAAAGUACUGCAGGAACAAGCCACUUGAGGCGACAUCUUAAGAUUUGCUCGGUACGGGCUAUAGUUGAGGGUGGUUGUCAAAAUGGCCCAUCUUCACAGCCUAGUUCAUCAGCCUCAAAGACGUGCAGCUUUGAUCAAGAGAAGUCCCUUGAGGUGCUUACUAGAGCAGUAAUCUCGAACUCCAACUCUUGCAGUUCUCCAAUUAUUGGCAGUGCAACUUUUAGAAACUUUUUGACCGGGAUUAAUCCUAUGUUUAACAUGGUGCCACAAGCCAUCACGGAAGAAAGAAUUCUUGGUAUUUUCAAAGAGAACAGUUGGAACUGAAGGAAAAAAUAGCAUUGUUACAUGGCGGAGUUUUCUUUUCACUAGCAGACUGGGAACAUGGAUUUGAACAGAACUUUUUAUGUUUGAGAGUGCAAUUUAUUGAUGAGGACUGGGUGAUGAACAGAAUAAUCAUAAGAUGUGUCUGCUCAAACAUCGGCGAAUACUUUCUUGAUUCGUAUUUGAGCAUGUUGCCUGAUUGGAACUCCUUCAGGAAGCUAAACACCGAUCUAUGGAAGUAUGAUGGAAAACCUGUCAAGGCUGUGAUAAUAGAAACAAUUGAUGGCUGGUCUCUUGGUCAGAAGCUUCUAGGACUGACAUCUCAACACGCCCGUGAUAGCAAGGUAACAAUGGAAUUGGAAGAAAAUAUAUCAUCACAGAACUAUCUUGUUGCGAAACACAAGCUAUUGAGCAUUCCAUGCAUGGUAACUGCACUUAAUAACCUUUUCGGGUGGGAACUCAAAGACUUCGUUCUAGAAACAAGUGCAUCUUGUUUUCGCUGCAUGACAUACACCCCAGCGGGUAAGAAGAAAUAUGAGGAAAUUCUUUCAAAGAUACGCCUAAGUCGUCCCUCUUUUGGAUCACAAAGAUGGUACCUGACUUUCUAUUCACUAGAAGUAGCUUUGCAGUUCUUUAAAGCAUACCCGAAUAUUGAAGAGUUGGAUCCUGUUCUUUGGCCAAAUCUCAAACCAUCUUCUGAGCAACUAGAGGCGGCAGAAAGCUUUUGCAAGACUGCAUGGCCAAUCUAUCAUGCAAUCAAAGUAAUUUCCAGUCCUCACCACCUGACUUUCAAUUCAUAUUACGAUGCAAUCUUGAGUGUGAGGACAGCUCUGCGGGUAUCAUCUAAAAUGGUAAACGUCGAGCAUGUUUUAGAUAUUGAAGAUAUGCAGAAAAAGUUUGAAGAGAAUUGGAGAGAAUGGUAUUUGUGGCUGUCUCUGGCUGUUGUUCUUGAUCCAAGGUACAAAAUCAGCUUUGUUGAACUUCGCUCUAGACAGACUUUUGGCCAUGAUGCUGACAUGCAUAUCUCAGAGGUGCGCGCAAAGAUGUAUGAUCUCUUUAUCCGAUACUCUAGCCAUGUCAAUGAACCAACUAUUGAUGUCUUAAACCAAACAAUUAGUGAUCUACGUUUGGACUGGACUGGCAGUGAAUCAUUUAAUGAUGCAAGUCAGAGUUACAUUAACCCAGAAGGACAUGAUGAAUUUAAAGAACUUAACGAGUACCUUGGAGCAGAGCUUUCCCCUCAAAAUAACUUUUUUGAUAUUAUGAAAUGGUGGAAGAAUAACACUUCGACAUAUCCGACUCUUGCAAGGGUUGCACGUGAUAUUUUAGCAAUACCUGGGUAUGCAGUUUCCGCUGAUUCUGCAUUUGAUAAGGAUGAUAAACGGGUCUCUUUUCUGAAUACUAAAGCAAGUCCUGAGGUAGUGGAAGCUUUCAUCUGCAUGAAUGAUUUGAUUAAAUUUUCAGAAGCAAGUCAUCCAAAUGAUCAUGGUAGCAACUGGCAAUAGUAGUUUUCCUACUUAAAUCAUUACGAGUUCCUGCAGUUGUGACACUGUGAAGAAGGCCAAGACAAUUUUUAAGUAGGAAAGUGUAGGCACUGUGAAGAGCCCUCUAAAACAUGUAUGUGAUUGUGAUAAAUGUUGACUGUACAAGCAUUGUCUGACUCGUAGGGUUGGUGCAUAAGGAUAGUUUUAGAGGGCCUAUCUCGCAGUUCACUACUCAUCAAUAUGCAUAACAUUUCAUAGUACUUCUGUUUUGUGUGUAAUAACUUUACUUAU